AUGUUCUCCCUGUCCAUGAUGGUGGGACUGGUUCCCAUUGUGUCUCUGUGUGGUUUGUUCUUCUCUGCCGCUGUGGAUGAGAACUUCCCUCAGGGCUGCACCAGCAGCAACAGUCUGUGUUUCUACAGCCUGCUGCUGCCGGUCACCAUCCCAGUCUAUGUCUUCUUCCACCUUUGGAGCUGGAUGGGGAUCAAGCUCUUCAGGCACAACUAGACUAUUCUCAUUAAAUGUUCUCAUCCAUAAAAAUGUAAAUAUUUUCUGGCGUAACUUGGGAUUUUUCAGCUCCUCGAUACAUAUUUUUCAAACAACAAUGCAGAGCUGUUAGAAAUCUGCCAAGAUGGAGGUAUUUUGCUGUAUUUUUUAAACUGCAGGUAGAAAUAUGUACCCCUGCACUAGUCUCAGUGUAAAUGUAAAACACCUGUGAAUACAACCUAAAACUUCUGUUUCUGUAGAGAUUAAACAAUUAAAUCUCAGUGCUAAAUA